CGCGAAAGCUUCUUUUGUUUCGUGUUGCGGUACCUGCGGCGCGCGAAUACAAUUACAUGAUCACUUCAAUAAACAUGAAGUGUUUAUGUCUGGUGCCGGACAUGGAAUCACCGCACUCAAGGGCCGGCUGAUAGUCGUGGUGUAAAUCACCACCGAAGACAAUUCCUCUCUUUUCUUGAAGGGAUGUUCCACCGCUUCUCUGCCGCGCCGGACAGGGCGCGAGGCCGGAAAAGCCGAAAUGCGUAUGCCACUGUUCGAUCUGUCGCUGCGACGGGCAAUGAUCGUCAUCACAGCAGUGACAAUCCGCAUCGGCUCACAUGGACCACCAGCGAGCUUGACGAGGCCGAGACACUUGGCAAUGCUGCACAGAAGAUUCGAAAGUCCACCAAACGCCAGAAGACCACUCAUGCGUGUGACCGGUGUCGUUUGCAUCGCGUCAAAUGUGGUGAGCUGAAGCCCUGUGUCCGUUGUGUAGACGCAAAUGCCAAAUGCGUGGUCUCCCGUGCGAAGUCAUCGUCGCCCAGGGAUAGCCAGCCGUUGGGGGCAAACGCCACGGCGCCCGGUAGACAUGGCUCGCGCGAACGCGCUGGAUCCAAUACUGCUGCAGAGCGCACACCGACGUUGGCUGAGGCACAAUUCUCACCUCACACACAGCUCCACUGCUUGAACAUAUCACAGAAAUAUUCAGCAGAGGCGUUGCCGUUGAACAAGCCCAGGCCUUGUCAAUUCGAGCCUUCAUCUGAGAUUCCAGAUGAAUCCAAGUAUCUGGCAGCUUUGGCCUCUGGGUACUUUCCCCUGCCUCCGUGUUCGGCCAUGCCCUCAGGCGCACGCAUGCAAUCAAACAGGAUACUGCAGGCAAGACAACGGAGCUAUUACUUACGACUGUUCUGGGAGGUCUACCAGCCACUGUUCCAUAUAAUCAGCGACACUGACUUUAGAGAACUCGAUGAGUGCUCUCCGCCAACAAACCCGGGCGACCACGCAACAUAUUCGGUACGCCACGCUCUCAUCGAUGCUAUGAUUGCCCUUGCUGUACAGCACAGCCUGGCCACUGGUCUUGUCAGCCGCAUACUAGAUGUCUCUCAGCAAACGCCCACGAUUGCGUCUGAGGCCUUUUGGCCUGGCUUCCAGCAUUUCCAUUGGUGUCGCGAACGCAUGCGGACCAACGAAGAUGUGUGUAUAGAUGCACUGCGAGCUCACGCUCUUCUCGCGCUGUAUCUAAUUAGAGGCAACGCAUUUCGGGAUGCAUACAACCUGCUCGGCAUUACGAUUCGAAAAGCAUACAUCGCAAAGCUCCACCGGCCACCACCUAGCCAGCUCCCUGAAGGAGAAAAGACCGCUCGGAUGCAGCUCUGGUGGAUGUUAUUUUCUCUCGACAUUCGAUGCUCGCUUCAACUGGGCUCACCGGUGGCUUGUCAACCUAGUCUGAUUAGGUGUCCGCAGCCAACCAGAGACGCACUAGCUCGCUACAUAAGUAAGUCCCCGACGACAACCUCAAUAGAUCACGCUUCAUUGGCAUAUUGCAUUGCCGCGCUGCAUCUUGCGACAGUCAUGGCCAAUAUCAGCGCGUGCGUUUCGCAUGACGAUUUGGAAGACCUGAGUGACGCAAAUGCAAUCGAAGACUUUUCGAAUACCUUGGACUCUGCACUCAUGGGUCUCGAGCUAUGGCAAAGCCAGCUUCCGACAGACCUUCUCAUUGGUAGGUCUACCAACAGCGCCGAUCAGUUGCAGCUUGAUUUGGGAAGUGGACGGCCUUUGUGGCUACAGCGGCAUGCAAUUCUACUCGAAUUGAAAUAUCACAACGCUUAUGUUAUGUUUCUGCGACCGUGCAUGCGAGCAACACGUCUUGCUACGUUCACCGAAUCUGACGCAACUCGGGAAGACUGUCGUCUGGAGCAGCGAUCGCGAUUGCUUUUGGAGAGACACCUCGAAAGUGCUUUGAGCCAUUCGUUCGCGGUCAUUGACAUCAUAUACGCCGUAUCAUCACAGUCCGAUAUCAUAUAUGGCUGGUUCGAGGCGGUAGAGAGCUUAUGGAAUGCGGCGCUCACAAUAGUUGCCUACACAACGUCACAUCACGUCGCUGCCGAGUCUCGACGUGCGCAGGCGGGCGAUGUCCACGAUCGAUCGGUUCUGCUGUGCUUCUCUACCUCCCAAUGUCUUCAUGCAUUGUCGCGGGCAGAGCUUAUCUUGAAUGCGUUCUCGCCAACAUGUCCAGGUGUGCUCGCAAGUAGAGAUAUCCUCAGCUCGCUCGUUGGAAACUUGCGAGCCAUCUAUCCUUGCUGGGCGGCUCCGCCGACAUCCAACCUUCAAGAUGUUGCGAUGGCCGAGCCAAAUGAGACGAGAGGUUCCGGCGAGAUGCCUGUCUGGGACGAUGUUUUGCCGUGGGAUUUGUUCGUCACGCUGAUGGCGGAUCAGGCUCUCGUAAAGAGUUUGGGCGAGAAGCAGGAUGGAAGCUGGGAUUCUUUUGCGGAUGACAGAACACUGCACUUUACAGACGUUCAAGCUUCGAACGUGUUCGCUUCGCCUGUGAUCUUCGCUCCGAUGGUAUCGAUGAGACAUGCGGCGGCAUGACGGCAAUGAUCACGAAAAUGUAAUAUUGGGGGGGGGG